AGAAGUUUGAAAAAAAAAAUCAACUACACCACUAGCCAAAAGAAAGAAGAUGAAGUGACAAAUUUCAGCAAAAAAGAGAAAAAAAUUCCCGCCGGGUGCAGAAGUCAAAGAAUCGUACACAUGCAAACCAUCAGUCUGUCAUUAAAUAGUGCACUGAAAUUAUCAUUCUCAAACUUAAACCAAUCGGAUUCGCCAUCAGGAAGAAGAUGAAGAGCAAAGGUAGAUUAGUGGGACAAAGAUGGCGGAGCAUAGGGGGCUUACCUUCAAUAUUUCUGCUAUGUCUUUUCUUGUUCUUCGCCGGUUUAUUCGGUUCUACUCUCGUUUCUCAUCAGGAUGUACAACUACUUACUGUACGGCCUAGGUCAAGGGUGCUUAAAUCUGUGGAAGAAUUUGAUGUUUUGCCUAAUGGCGACACUGGAGAACACUCCCUUACUUCCAUCCCCUUCCAGGUCUUAAGCUGGUUCCCACGUGCAUUAUACUUUCCCAAUUUCGCAACUACAGAACAAUGCCAAGGCAUAAUUAAGAUGGCAAAGGCAGAACUGAAACCAUCAUCUUUGGCUCUCCGCAAAGGAGAAACAGCAGAAAAUACCAAAGGAGUUAGAACAAGUUCUGGUAUGUUUAUCAGUGCAUCUGAAGACAAAACUGGAAUUCUGGACCUCAUUGAGGAGAAAAUCGCAAAGGCGACUAUGAUCCCCAGGACACACGGAGAGGCAUUUAAUGUUUUGCGGUACGAAAUAGGCCAGAGUUAUUAUUCACAUUAUGAUGCGUUUGAUCCUUCUCAAUAUGGUCCUCAGAAGAGCCAAAGGGUUGCAUCCUUUUUGUUAUAUUUAUCUGAUGUGGAAGAAGGUGGAGAAACCAUGUUCCCUUUCGAGAAUGCACAGAAUAUGGAUGUUAAUUAUGACUUCCGCAAGUGUAUUGGUCUGAAAGUGAAGCCGCGUAGAGGGGAUGGACUACUAUUUUACUCGCUGUUUCCAAAUGGUACAAUUGAUCCGACAUCUCUUCACGGGAGCUGUGCAGUAAUCCGAGGUGAAAAAUGGGUUGCCACAAAGUGGAUCAGGGAUCAAGAAAUGGAUGAAUAAACGAGUACAUGUCUGGAAGUGGUGUUAAUAUAAUUCUUUCGUAAUUUAAUGUAGCCACUCACUGGAACCUUUGAGCGAAUUUUACAGUAAAUAUAUCUAGUGUUUGUUCAUAUUGA